AGGAGGGACUCGAGUCAGAAUGAACUUAGUGACUCGUUCACUGCGCUAAUGCUAGUUGGCUCCCAGUCUGGGGGAUUACACACUCACUCCAGCUCUUCAGGACAGUAUAAAUCUCACGGGAGGAGUUUACAGGAGCGCAUUUUCACCUGGUCUCGGGAGUUUUUCUUCAGCCUGCUGCAGCGGCGUCUGGAGUUUAGCUUUCCUCUGGGAAUACAGUGAGGAGCACGAUGCGGACCAAGCUCUCCGGCUUUCUCUGUGUGUGGGCGUUCUUUUUGACCCCCGACUGUGUUUCAGGCACAUUUCCAAAAGCCCAGAAUGUCACCUGGGACUCGUUGAACUUCAAGACACUGUUGACAUGGAGCCCUAAACCAGUGAACUAUUCCUAUACUGUAGAGUUCUCCAAACAGGGCCAGAACAAUGAAAGGAUUCCUUCCUGUAUUCGGACCAGUGAAACUGAAUGUGAUCUAACUUCUGGACUCACAGACCUGAAAGGCCGUUACACCGCAGAUGUGGUGUCAGAACCAGUGCGGGGUGUGACCUCUGACCUUACUGAGGACCCCUACACAACAUCUCCCUUCUUCAUUCCCUACCUAGACACUGUCAUUGGCAAACCUGAAUUUAGUAUCAUUGUGAGCGAUGAUCAGAAGAAAGUAACCCUCUACAUAACAGAUAUCCCAACAGCCAUCUUCAAUGAAAAGAAACAGAGGCUGACAAUUCGAGAUAUCUUUAAAGAUGAAUUGCAGUAUAAGAUCUCCUACAGGAAAGCAAAGAGCACUGGGAAGAAAGAGAAGUUGAGUGCGGGCAGUGAGAUCGAGCUGACGGAUCUGGAGAAAGGCAGGAGCUACUGCUUCAAUGUGCAGGCUUACAUUCUCUCCCGCAGCCCUGGCAAACAGUUGGGCGAGCUCAGUAAUGUGCAGUGCUCUCCAGAGGAGGCUACGUCUAUCUUCGAAGAGUACAGCUUGACAGUGAUUGCUUUGGCCAUCCUGGCCAUCAUUGUGAUAAUAGCAGUGGUGAUUGCAGUUAUAGUGCUGUGCUGGAGACUUUGGCAAAGAGCGCAGAGAAGGGAGCGAUUGCCUUUGAAGUACAUGUAAGGAGUGUGUUUUCUUCUCCCCUGAAAACAGAUCCUCACACUCAUGGGAAUACAUGGUACAAGCAAACUGGACUCAACAUUUCCUAGCUUACUCACUUUAACACUUCGGUGGGAAACACUGGAAUUCUACAUUUUGUUUCUAUGAAACUUGACAAGGUAGAUGUUAUUUGUGAUUUAUUAUCUAAUGCAGCAGAUGUUCAUAGCUCUUUUUUGUCAUUGGUACUUUCAAUUACUGUCAUUAUUUACCAUACUUUAUAAGCACUACCUAUUUUUGUAAUUGCUGGAGUUUAGAGUUUACUGUUUUUAAUUGGUAAACUAAAUAGUUUGGGAGCUUUACUGUUGGGAAAACCAGAAUAUACUUACAUAACUUACAUAACAGAUUUUGUGUGUGGGCACUAAUUUAUUUUUCUAUCAUUUAUAAAAGCAAUAUCUGUACAUUUGUUUUAAUAAUCAUAUUUAUGGUUUUGCAGUUCACUGUAAUAGAUGUAUAACUUACAAAGCUGACAGCUGAUUUUACUGACACACCUGCUACAAACUAAAAUUAUAUAUUAAAUUAUCAUUAAUAUUGUUGUUGUUAUUGUUAUUAUUAUUACAUGUAUUGUGUCAUAAAACUGGAGAGACUAAAUAACUGUGCUAACAAUAACAACGUUAUUUGUUACUUUAUAUAUGUGAGAAUCUGUGUACAAUGGUACGAAACUUGUGUUAUCACUUUUUUGAAACUUCAAAUAAAAUCUGUACAUUCACUUGG